AUGUUUGACCCCAAUCCAAUAUUACCGGGUAUAUUUUCUAUAUUUGUAAGAGCCGGUCAGAUUGGAUUGGGACAGAAUUGUUUUAUAAGUUUGGUUGGGGGUAUCAGACAUAAAAAAGGCGAUAUUAUCAUAGUAGACUACUAAACAUGUGUUCGACGUGCUUGAAAAAAUAAACUUAGCUAUGAUGCUCAUGACUUGAUUUAACUUCGUCUUUUGUGAUAUGUUCUUGUAAUGCGUCCACAAUAAAGUCAGUUUGUUAUUAAGUCCACGGUUAACGUCACUUGCCUAUAUCACAGACUACGAAUGCGAUUCGAAUCAAUUAUUCGUACAACGACAUUCCACAACAUACAUAACCUCUUCCGAUGUUUUUUUUAAUUCGAUUUAAAGGAUGUUUAACAAAUUAUCGCCUGCAAAUUAAUACGACGCAACGGAUAGCCCAAUUUUGUCAACGUAUCGGGCAGCCGGUUCGCAGCAAAAAACCCACCUCUGCGGGCAAUGCGGUUCAAAAUUUCGCGGACCUGAAACACGUACGGGUCGUGGGCGGCUCGGGCGGAAACGGUUGCAUUUCGUUCUUGCAACUGUGGUGCAAUGAAAACGCGGGCCCGGACGGCGGCGACGGUGGCAACGGAGGCCACGUCAUCUUUGAGGCCUCUUCGCACGUUCGAGAUUUAAACCAGAUGCCGACCGUGAUCGCGGGAGACAGCGGCGUAAAAGGUACCAACAAGGAUUGCAAUGGCAAAAACGCGCAGCACAAAGUCGUCAAGGUGCCGGUCGGUACUGUCGUAAAAAAUGCUGAGGGCAAGGUGGUCUGUGACCUGUGCAAGGAGGGUCUGAUGUUUAUCGCCGCGAGGGGCGGAGCGGGCGGUAAAGGGAACAGUUUUUUCGUCACCGACGUGGAACAGGCGCCGAAAAUCUGCGAAUAUGGGGCGGAGGGCGAGAACUUGCAGUACACAGUCGAAGUUAAAAGCAUAGCGCACGUCGGUUUGAUAGGAUUGCCCAACGCGGGCAAAAGCACCCUUCUGAGGGCCAUUUCGCGGGCGAGGCCAAAGGUCGCCCCCUAUCCUUUCACCACGUUGAAGCCCCACUUGGGGAUGGUGCAAUAUGACGAUUAUGAACAAAUCGCAGUGGCCGAUUUGCCGGGCCUGGUGCGCGACUCUCACAAAAAUCGGGGCCUCGGCAUACAGUUUUUGAAGCACACGGAAAGGUGCGCCGCCUUGCUCUACGUGAUCGACGUGUCUCUACCGGAGCCGUGGCGCCACCUGGAAAUUUUGAGGUUUGAACUGGCCCAGUUUAACGAGAGUUUUGCGAGGAAACCGCAGGUCGUCGUCGCGAACAAGAUGGACCUCGCGGACGCCGAAGAAAACUUGCCGGAGCUGAGGUCGCGCAUCGACCUGCCGGUGGUACCAAUCAGCGCGAAAUUCGGUACUAACGUGAGGAAGUUGUUGGAGAAGAUGAGGGCGAUUUACGACGAUAACGUUGGACAGAGUGUAGAAUAAUUAUAACAUCGAAUACAACAUGUUUUAAGUUCGCUUUUGUUGUUAUUCCGGGAUGUGCGUAGAGAAAAUUGAUUAAAAAAAAAGAGUUUGAGGUUUCCUGUAAGUUCUGAAAACAGCUGUUAUUGUGAUGCAAAUAUAACACACCAGAGUAGCCUUAGCCCAUAGCUCGC